AUGUACUUUGGUGCAAUAAUAUUACCACUAUUUGCUACAUUUUGUUUGGCGCAAAAUGCAUUCUUUCGUGAAGGGGAUUAUCGUCAACUCUAUCCAUUGCUAUCAAUUGUUAUUCGUUUGGAAAAUCAUGCCCAUGCAUUGCCAUAUUUUUUUGGUUUAAUAGAAAAUCUUGAUUAUCCAAAGGAUCAAAUAUUAAUUGAUAUAUAUAUGGGAGCACAUAUUGAUGCAACUUUUUCAAAAACCAAACAGUGGGCAAAUGAUGCAAAGAAGCAUUAUCGUUCAAUUUUUCUUACUGAUGAUGCAAAAAAUUGGCAAGAAGAAGCAUUAAUGAAAGCAAGAAGCAGUCAAGCAAAAUAUGUGCUCUAUCUAAAGGGUGAUCAUUUGUUAACGGAUCAUAGAAUUCUUCAGACGUUGAUGCGAAAAAAGAAAUUAGCUAUUGCUCCUCUUCUUUUUGCACCAUAUGGUGAUCCACCUACAGUUUUCAUAUCUGAAGAUUAUAACAAUCGAAGAGAAAUAUCUGUUGUUGAAGUUAAUAUGGUCCCAGAACCGUUACUGUUAAAUUUGGCACACAGUGAUUCGUCAUUUUUAACAUUUUCUUCCGGAAAUUUGUAUGCUUAUUCUGAAAGCGAUUCUAAAGAACCAAAUGCUGUGUUUGAGAAUUCAGCAUCUCGGAUGAAUAUACCAUUUUUUUUGGAUAAUGAAUAUUUUUAUGGAUAUUUUUUCAAUCAUUCAUUACGUUCAUUGGAUUAUCAACGAAAAGCGCUUCGUUAUCUGUUAGCCGACUGGAUUGCUAAUAGUGGUCUAAUGCCAAUUGUACACUCAUCAUUUCUCAAAGUCACUUAUCCAAGACCAUCGCUUUUUGGUGUUAAUAAAAUUUAUGUUAUCAAUCUUGAACGAAGGAACGAAAGAAAAGCUAAAAUGAUGGAAUUAUUAAAACUAAUGGGUUUUGAAUAUACAUGGUGGAAAGCGACAGAUGGUCAUCACUUGGAUUUGGAACCACUAUACAAAGAGGUUAAAUUUUUGCCUGGAUAUGAGGAUCCGUACUACAAAAGACCGAUGAAAGCGGGAGAAGUCGGUUGUUUCUUGAGCCAUUAUCGCAUAUGGCAAGAAGUUGAUGAAAAAAAAUUGGAUCGUGUAAUUAUAUUCGAAGAUGAUUUGCGUUUUGUAGUUAAUUCGACAAUUCUUCUAAAAGAACUUAUUGAAGAUAUUGAUAGUAUCGAAAUUGAAUGGGAUUUGAUAUAUUUGGGCAGGAAACGAUUAGAAGGUGCAGAUGAAAAUUGGGUGCCUGGUCAUCGACAUCUGAGCACUGUUGAUUAUUCAUAUUGGACACUUGGUUAUGUCUUAUCAUUAAAUGGUGCUCGAAAAUUACUUGCUGGCAAUCCUUUGAAAAAACUUCUACCAGUGGAUGAAUAUAUUCCAAUUAUGUUUAAUAAGCAUCCAAAUACAACAUGGUCAAAUGCAUUUCCACAUCGUAAUUUAAUUGCUUAUACGAUUUAUCCAACCAUUGUUGUUCCAGAAAGAUACACAUAUCAACAUGGUUACUUUAGCGAUACAGAGGAUUCGGAUAUUGUUAAUAUAGAAAGUGCAACUUGGACACCCGAGAAAACAAAUAAAGAUGAAUUAUAA